AAAGGCACACUUUACCGAAAAACGGCGAUGACCGAUUCGUUGACGACGGUUUCGUACGGCACGACGGUGGCAUUUCUGCUGCUGCUAAUGCCCGUCCUACGGUGGCUGAUUCGGCGUGCACGGAUGAGCCAAAUUUACGACAAGAUACCAGGCCCGAAAGCGUACCCAUUCGUCGGUACGUUGUAUUUGUUUUUCGGCAAAAAGUCUCACGAGAUAUUCACGUUGAUCGAUCAAAGAACGCGCCAGUACGAUGGCAUUCAUCGGAUCUGGAUCGGGAUGACGCCGGAGGUGCGACUGAGCAAGGCAGAGUACGUGGAGCAGAUCAUCAGCGCGAGCCGGCACACGGAAAAGGCAAACCUGUACCGGUUUCUGGCCGACUGGCUCGGGGAAGGUUUGCUCACGUCCAAAGGCGAACGUUGGUUUCAGCAUCGGAAGCUCGUUACACCGACCUUCCAUUUUAACAUUCUCGAUGGGUUCUGUGAGGUGUUUGCCGAGAAUGGGACCGUGUUGGUUGAGUGCCUGCAGCAACACGCCGACACUGGCCAACCGGUGAACAUCUAUCCCUUCGUAACGAAGGCCGCGCUGGACGUAAUUUGUGAAACGGCCAUGGGGGUGAAGGUGCACGCGCAAACUAGUGGCGAGGACAAUGCGUACGUGAACGCCGUUUACGAAUUAAGUUCACUGUUUCUCGAGCGGCUUGUACGUCCCUGGCUACAUCCGGAGUGGACAUUUCGAAGAUCGGCGCUCGGCAGAAAGCAACGCGAAGUACUGUCAGUUCUCCACGGAUACACACGCAAGGUCAUCCGGGAGCGGAAGCAAGCGUUGCAGCAGAACGGCACCGAAUGCAAUCAACCCACGGUGAAUGAGUUUGGGCGCAGAAAACGAUUGGCAUUUCUGGAUCUUCUGCUGCGGAGUGCUACCGAUACCGGGCUUCUUACCGAUGAAGACGUCCGUGAAGAAGUCGAUACGUUCAUGUUCGAGGGUCACGAUACAACGACGGCCGGUAUGUGUUGGGCUCUAUUUCUGCUCGCCCUCCAUCCGGAUGUGCAGGAGCAGGUCCAUCAGGAAAUUGAUUCCAUCUUCGGCGGUAGCGACCGGCCGGCAACGAUGCAAGACCUAAACGAGAUGAAACUACUCGAACGCUGCCUAAAGGAAACGCUGCGACUCUACCCAUCCGUUGCGUUCUUCGGUCGAACGCUUAGCGAAGAUGUUAACCUCGGCGGUUACCACGUCCCGGCCGGUACCAUCAUAGGCAUUCACACGUACAAUGUGCAUCGCGACGAACGAUUCUUUCCGGAUGCGGAAACCUUCGAUCCGGAUCGCUUCCUGCCGGAAAACACCGAACGGCGGCAUCCGUACGCAUACAUCCCGUUCAGUGCUGGACCGCGGAACUGCAUCGGCCAGAAGUUUGCACUGCUCGAGGAGAAAAGUCUCGUCUCGUCUAUACUGCGCCGCUUCCGAAUCCGCUCGCACCGGACACGGUCGGAGCAGCUCAUCGUAAAUGAGCUAAUUACCCGACCGAAGGAUGGCAUUUUGCUGUAUCUGGAGGAACGUCAGCGCUGA